CUGGACACGCGCAGUGAUGUCGGGAACGGGAAGCCGAAGGCUGGCCUGAAGGUGAACACGAAGGGCGUUCCGGUGAACUGGAACGGGGAACACUGGGACUUCUACAAGGCCCUGAUGAUGAGUCUCUUCGAGGAGGAGGACUUGGAGAACAUCGCGACCGGGAAGGCGAAGCCUCCGGACCCGACGAGAAGAAGGACUGGAAGCAGAACCAGGCAGGCCACGAUCAAGCGCCUGAUCCUCGGCUCGGUUUCGCUGGCGUUGGCCCAGCGCGUGAUGCGGAAGGCAUCCGGUACCGAGAUGUGGAAGACACUUGAGGAAAUGUUUGAGGCGCCGACGAACAAGACGCUGUUCGUGCACCAACAGCGGCAGCUCGUGCAUCAGGUGCGGAGCACCAGGGCGAAGCGGGACGACGACAUGAACCUGCACCUGGGCAAGUUGUACGACAUCCGCGACCGUCUCGCGACGAUGAAGUACACCGUGCACGAUGUGGACAUGGUGGACGCCAUGUUGAAGAGCCUUCCACGGCACGUUAAGUACCAGCGAUUAACAGAGAUGGUUACUUUGACUCCUGGUUCUUCCUAUUCUGUGGACGACGUGCGUGAUUUGAUUCUCGUGGCAGCGUCGCAGCUGAAGGAGGAGAGCUAUGAGUUUUCGGGUGGUCGUGUGGAGAAUAAUGGUGGACGUGCUGGUGGGGGUGGGAAACACAAGUCGAAGCAGCGCCAGCAACAACCCGAUGGGAUUGAGAGCAAGUUGGAGUGCUUUCAGAGCAAUCAAAAGGGGCACCUCAAGAAGUACUGUCCGGAAUUG